AUGUGUAACUUCGAUAUGAAGGAACUCAAGAGCAACCGGUUGAUGCAAAUGAAUGCUCUUGAGGAGCUGAGGAAUGAUGCAUACUCUAGUUCAUGGCUUUAUAAAGAGAAGACCAAGAUGUGGCAUGACAAAAGGAUUAAAGAAAAUAAAGAAUUUCAUGAAGGCCAAAAAGUGUUGCUCUUUAAUUCACGACUAAAGCUUUUCUCGGGAAAACUCAAGUCAAGAUGGGAUGGUCUUUUUCUGGUGAAGACGGUGUUUCCACAUGGUGCUAUAGAGCUAUUGUCAAGAGAUGGAACACCUUUCAAGGUCAAUGGCCAUAGGGUCAAAAAGUAUGAAGAAGGAGUCCCCUGGAAUGAAGGAAUGGAAGAGUUGUUGUUGCUGGAAGGGAUUGCAACCACGUAG